AUGAACUACCUGCCAAUGCACGCUGCCUUCAAACCCAACCAUGUCCUCAUCUUCAUCAUCUACGUCGAUGCUGGCAUGAAUGCAAUCACAGAAGCAGGAGCAGCCAAGAAUGCCUCAGCCGGGUCCGAAAUGGACGAACACAAGGCCAGCGGGACUUUCAUCGCUGCGGGCCUUGUUCUCUGA